CCCAAAUCCACUACAAUAAUCCCUUUCCGCCAGAUUUGUUUCCCCCCCUGCCCUCUGGUUCUGGACUCCCAUCCUCCGUUCUUCCACAGAACACCUCCUCUCAGUUUUUAUGGCACCAGGCUUUCGUAUCCAUUGUUUUGGCAUCUCAUAGGUUGCCACAAUGCAGAGGUAUUUUGGUCUAUCUUUGCUGGCCAAACGAGCAUUCAGCACAUCUUCAAGCGGUGAUAAAGUUGUAGCGUCUGUCCUUUUUGAGAGGCUUCCAGUUGUGGUUCCAAAGAUCGAUCCCGUUGUUUAUGCCUUUCAAGAAUUUUCGUUCCGAUGGAAGCAACAAUAUAGACGGGAAUAUCCAGAGAAAUUAUUGAAAAAGGCUGAUUCCAGAGGGAAAGGCGAAUACCAUAUUGAUUAUACUCCUGCUCCUCGGACCACUGAGGCCGAUAAAUGUAAUGACACGAAGUCAUUAAACAGAGCACUUGACAAAAGGCUCUAUCUUCUCCUGUUCGGGACAACACUUUCUAGCAACGGGAAGCCCGUUUGGCAUUUCCCAGAAAAAGCAUAUGAAUCAGAAGAGACUCUACGCAGGUGUGCAGAGUCUGCUUUACAAUCUGUGAUUGGAGACCUCUCCCACACUUAUUUCGUCGGCAAUGCUCCAAUGGGACAUAUGGUCACCCACUUCAGCGAGAAUGCCAAUGAACCAUCACCAUCUCUAAAGCGCUACUUCUUUAAAUCCCAAGUGAUCGCGGCGAACAAGUUUGAUGUUCACAAGUGCAACGAUUUCGUUUGGGUGACAAAGUACGAGCUGUUAGAGUACUUUCCGGAACAGGCCGCAGCGUUCCUGAACAAGAUGAUCAUCAGCUGAUGUUGUUGCAGAGCAGGGUUUGUCAAUUUUGUAGGUUUUUUUUGACGUCGCCGGCCGUAAAAGUCUUUCUAUUCCCCCUUUGGUGAUGUUGUUCCUUGACAUGAUGGAUUCUCAGGUCCAAUUUGAAGUGUGUUUUUUAUAACUUCAAAAUCUGCAAACACAAAGAACAAGUAGAGUACUAGAGCAUUUGGAG